UGCAAAACUACCCAUAUCUUGAGCGAAUAAAGCGAUGGCUAGAAAGAAGUCUGCUGCUAAGAGAGCCCGUGAGGCAGAGGAGCAAACGAAGCUCCAGAGACAAUUGGAAAAUGCCGAUGAAGAUGUGAAGAAACAAGUGAUUGAGGAGUUUGAGUCGAGUGAGGAUGAGAGCUCCUCCGAAGAGGAAGAUGAAUACGGUGAAUUGCUCACUGAAGACGUUGAGGAAGGCUUGAACAAAGUGUUGGAUGCACUCAAGUCCAAGAACAAAGAGUUAUUGUUGAACCCUGACGUCAAGUUCUUCAAUGACCCUGAAGAGGGCUCUUCCACUGCUGCGAAGACAGAGAAGCAGAAGCCGAUAUACCUGAAGGAUUACCAUAGAAUGAAUCUGUUAUCAGGGGAUGCUUUGAAGGAAGACAUCGAAGAUGAUGGCAAAGAGUUCAAGACUUAUGACCAGGAGAAAGCUGAAGAACGUAAGGAGUUGCUGGAUGACAUCAAGUCUGCGUUCAAGGAUAUCGAAGACGGUGAGGAUGUCGACGGCACGGACAACGAAGAUGACGAUGGCUUCUUGAAGAAGAAAGAUCCAAAAACCAGCGAUUCUACAAGACAAUUGCCUAAUCCUGAACAGGACGGUGAGAAGUUCUUGGAAGAGUUCAUGAAACAACACGCAUGGAUCCCACAUGAAGGAGAUAAAGUGGUGAACUUGGACCGUCAAGGUGAAGAUGAUGAUGAAUUUGACGACGCAGCAGAGAAGUACGAACAAGCUUAUAAUUUCAGAUAUGAAGAUCCAAACAGUGCAGAGAUUAUCAGUUAUGCCCGUAACCAAGCCACCAUGAGACGUAACAACACCGGUGCAAGACAGAAGAAGAGAGAAAGAGAAAAGGAGGAAAAGAAGAAAGCCCAGGAGGAGAAAGAGAAGGCCGUUCAGAAGAAGAAGACAGAGAAAGUCAACAAGCUCACUGACAUCUUGGAGACGGUCAAGAAGGAAUAUGGAGCAGAUUUGGACGAACAGACAGUCAAGAAGAUUAGUGAUCGUUUGUUUGACAAUGAUUUUGAUGAUAGCCAAUGGGAUCAAGUCCUUGGAGAAAUCUUCAACGAUGAUUUCUAUAACGAUGGUGACAAGAAACCCGAGUGGGAUGACGACGAUGAAAUCAUGAAAGACUCCAAGCAGGAGAAGGAUGAGGCUGCUGAGGAGGUUGAAGAAGCUGAGGAUGAACCUCCAAAGAAGAAGUCCAAGAAGGAGGAGAUUCUUGAGAAGUCCAAAUCCAAGAAGGAUAAGAAGAAGAUCAAAGAACUGGCAGAGCAAGCCAUCGAACAAGACAAGCUCAAGAUCAUCGAUGAAGUGGAGGAAGAACGUGAGGGACGCUCAAAGGAACGUGGAACCGUAUUCAAGUACCGUGAAGUUUCGCCAGAGAGCUUUGGUUUGACCACGAGAGAGAUCUUCAUGGCCGAUGACGCUGAUCUCAACGAGUUCAUUGGCCUGAAGAAGCUGGCACCUUACAGACCAAAGGAGCAAAGGGUAAAGGACAGAAGAAAGUUUGCUAAGAAGAAGAACCUCAAGGAAUGGAGAAAGAAAGUAUUCAGAAACGAAGAAGGACCAGAAGGUGAAGGUGACGAGAUCCUCAUACCUGUUCAGCAUUCGAAGUCCAAGCCCAAAUCCAAGGGCAAGAAGCACUGAAGCUCCUUUGAAGAUGGUGAACUUUUGUGGUUUACCUCUCUAACAUGCAUUUUCUAUUAUAUAAACUUCAUAUCAAUUCACCUUCUUUGUGUUUGAGGAA